AUGCAUCAUCAUUUCGAACGUCGUCCGAAUGGGCAGUUUCCUUCUCGCGGAUCAGUAAUCCUGGAGCGUGUUAUGCCGGGACCGCGUCGAUGUCCUUCAUCGACUACAGCCGAUAAUCGGAUCCGUGAACCGUUGACAGAAGCAGAGCUACGGUCAAGACCAGUGAUUGCGCCCGAAGAUGUCUUACGACUCAAUAAAAUUACCGAUGAUUAUUUAUGUGAACCAGAAGCAAACACAUUUGGUAUCGAAUUUACAAGGUUUAAAAUUCGCGAUUUGGACACGGAUCAAGUAUUAUUCGAGAUCGCCAAACCCGCACCUGGUGAGAUUUGCGUAACACUGGCACCCUGUUUUAUUAAAGCUGUCACUAAGGCUUUCGUCUCCUUCAUUGAAGAUGUGAAAUUUCCACACGAUUUCCACACAGUUUUGAAAUUUUCAGAUGAUGAACUAGAAGGUGAAGAAGGAGCCGUAGUAUCAUGUGAAGAGACGAGUGCGACACGUUUUGUCCGUUAUCAGUUCACUCCUGCAUUUUUGUUGCUGAAACGUGUCGGUGCAACGUUAGUAAUUUUCCGAAUUAUUGUUCGUUGUUUUCCCAUAUUCAUCAUAUCUGAAAAAUAA